CAAACACCAAGAACAAGCCUAGUCUCUACGACAACAGGAUACAAACACAUGGGAAAUCGUCUCUCUGCCAGACGCUUACACUGAAAGGUUUCUUUGGUGACACAUUUGCAGAGAAUGAAUGAUGAUCUCACAAAUCAAAUAGGAGAGGAAUGUCCACACAAUGCCUACACAAUCAACAAAAUCCAGAAAGUCAAGGUCACCUAGUGGCAGGCCUGUCAAAAAGGCUGAGAGAAAGAGGAGGUCAUCCAAGAAGAGAUCAGUCAGUGCCAAAGCCACCAAGUCAGAAGUGGACAUUCUCAGUCCAGCAGCCAUGCAGAAUGUUUACUACAUUUCCCACAAUGCAGUUGACUGUCUGGCGUUCCGAGGCUUUGGAUGGCCUGAGUCAACUAAAAAGAAAACAGCAGGAAUGAAGGGCAAGAAAACAAAAAACAAAAAGUGAUUCUACCACAAACCUUGCCAAGCCCAAACCAAACACUGUCAGUUUAGUACGGCUCUAUUCAAUCCUCAUGGUGGAAAUCCAGCUUUCCAGCUUGAUAUAAAAGUUAAGGCGAUGUUCCCGAUCAGUGGAGGCUACUGAGGGGAGGACGGCUCAUAAUAAUGGCCGAAUGGACUGGUUUCACGUUUGAUGCAAAUCCAUUAACUCCAUUCCAACCAUUACACUUCAUUCCAGACCUAAGCAAACACCACUAUUCCCGAUUUAUCAGACUGCAUUCAUGCUAAACGCUGCUUAUGUUGGCUAAAUCAGAAAUGACCUUUACAUUUCUAUGGCAGAAUCUGUAACGCUUCAGCUUUCCAGAUUGAAUAGAGCCCUAAUUAUAAUGUAUAUUUUAGUUUAUCUUGUCUGUUCAAGUUUAAAAUAGAACUCUGGUUACCUCUGGUGGAUUGGUUGUUAUUUACAGAGAACAGUGGAAAGAAAACAUGGAAAUACAUUGACCUCUGCUGGCCAACUGGCAUACCGGCAUACCAUACCCAGAUGCUCGCAGGAAAAAUUGCUGUGACUCGUGUAAAGAAUGCUUCUCUGGAUAAUAGAUGUUAAGAAUACACAUGGCGAGUUAGAAUAACUGCCCUACAAAACAAUCUAUUUUACUAGAUGGUGAUGAAGUAUUGGAGUAGGGGUCCCUUGCUAGACAACACUAUCUUAUGUGAUGCAACACCUUUCUCUUUUCAAUUUAUGACAACAGAACCAAAUUCAGCAACUGUAUUCACAUCUGAAUGAGGCCUACGAUGUUAGAGAGCAGCAUUUCGAUUAGAAUUGCAAACAAUGCAACUUACAUGAGCUACUUAUUCUCAGUACCGUAACACCCACAGAAAUACAAUCCAUAGAACAGGCCUCCCAAUUCAAUUCUAUUCAUAUGAUAACAUCACUCAAAAGCAGUAACUGCACUCUGUUCAGUUGUCAAAAAUGGCAAGUGUAGAUUGUAAAAAUGCCAUGUUUAGACUUGAUAGAAAUGCUAAGGACUGCCCUGCCCAGCUGCUUGCAAGGAUAAGGCCAAGGUUCCUGAAGUGUAGAGGUUCCCACAGCAGUUAGUCAUCUUUCCAUAUCCACUCAUAAAUAGCACCAUCAUAACAUUAUCUUGAAAAGUAGCUAAUUCAUUUAAGAACACAAACAAAAA